AUGGGGACUCACGUUGCUAUUGUUGGACCCAACGGGGAUGGAAAAUCUACUCUGCUCAAUCUUCUUGAAGGUGAUUUGCUACCAACUGAGGUUGAAAGUGCGGCAGAGUCAGAAGUUGAGGAUUGGAAGAGUAGGAGGAACAGUAAAAGGUACUCGCAACACUUUGUGGAUCUUCUCAUGAAACACCAGUUCAGUGCCUCCUCCGUCUCCGUCCGGACCAAGAAGGCCUUGGCAAAGUGGAGGCUGUUCGAGAGAAGCUUGAGUAUAGACGCAUUGGCCGAUGCACUGGAUGAAUUCACCGGUGGAGUUGUCCUUGUCAGUCAUGACUCUAGGUUGAUAUCGCGUGACUGUCAUGGUGAAGAGAAGAGUGAAAUUGGGGGGUGGAAGAUGGAACUCUGGAUACUUUCCCUGGAACAUUUGAAGAGUACAAAGAGGAGCUUCGAACUUAGAUUAAGGCUGAGGUUGAUGAUUGAGGCUAUUGUUAUGAAACUUUGUUCUCUGCAUCAUUUGCUUCAUAAGAAUUUGUUUGCAGUUGUUGCAUUUGUAUUUGACUAA